CUUGUAUCACAUUAGGUAAAUCUUAGCAGACCAACGGCAUUCACACAAUCCUGCAAGGUCAGAGGCCUGCAUCCACAGUCUCGAAGCUUGCUUCAGCGCGUCUUGCGUUUGGAAGACUCGAAUACGCAAUUUUAUAUUGCUGCAACGUAUACUUCUAUUUGCCGUUCAAUAUAUAGCGCAUAUCUAGGAGUACAAGCCCGGGAACAAUGCCGCUGGUUCUGCGGCACAUCGCCGGUCUCAAUGGCCAAAUGUUUGGCGCCAUGCGCUCAAUCCCCAAUUCAAGGGGACCUUAUAACAUAGCGCAGAUCAGCGGCGUUUCGGUCAUCCUUGGCAACGAGAACAACCUGGCUCCCCAGUUCACGCUGCGGGGGCAUGACGACGUCAUCACUGCCUUUGCCAUGUCGCACGGCGGCAGCAUGCUGGCCACGGGCCAGAAGGGCUCCAACUCGGACGUGAUCGUGUGGGACGUGGCGGCGUGCGCGCCCAAGUACAAGUUCCAGGAGCACGAUGUGGAGGUGGCCACGGUGUCCUUCUCCGCCGACGACCGCCUACUGCUCAGCGCCAGCUGCUUCACGGAUGCCAAGCUGUAUGUGUGGGACAUGGCUACUGGCAAGAUCGUGGCCAAGCACGGCCUGGAGCCCGGCAAGCGCAUCACGUGCUCUGCCUGGUCUCCGGCCCUGGCCAACGGUCGCGCCUACACCUGCGCCACCGCCGCCGGCGAGGAGCUGGCCCUGUGGACUGUGGACCCGUUCACGGGCAUGGUGUCGGGACAAAAGGUGGUUCUGGGCACGGUGCGGCGGGAGUACACCUCGCUGGCCUUCUCCGCGGACGGCGCCUGGCUGUACGGCGGCACCACCAGCGCCGACGUGGUCACGGUCAACGUGCAGCGAGCCAGCGUGCAGAUGACGCACCCGGUGUGCAGCGGCGGCGUGGGCGCGCUCCUCCUCAGCCCCGACGGCGGCGGCGCCUGUCUGGUGGGCGGCCGCGACGGCUCUCUGUCCACCUUCAACGCCGCGGGCGGCGCCUGGCGGGAGCUGCGGCCGUUCGCCAAGGUGCCCGGCUGCGUGACCAGCCUGAGCCUCAGCGCGGACGGUGGGGCGUUCCUGGUGGGCACGGCGCAGGGCGGCGUGUACAGGCUGGACCGGACGAGCCUGCAGCUGCACACCAUCAGCCAGGCGCAGCAGGGUCAGCUCACGGCGGUGGCCUUUGCGCCGGGGCAGCCCGAGGCGGUGGCCACAAGCUCAACAGACGGGUCCAUCUACGUGUGGAGCACGGCGGACUACACUCUGCAGUGCCGGGUCCAGGAGCCCACGCAGGCGGGCGGCGCGCUGUGUUGCGUGCUGACACGAGACGCCGUCAUCUCAGGCUGGGGGGACGGCAACAUCCGCUGCCACGCGCGGGCGGCCGGCGGCGCCACGUGCGCCCAGAUGUGGAUGAUCCCCGGCGCACACGCAUUGGCGCACUCGGUCGGCGUCACCGCCUUGCGGUUAUCUAACGGCGGCGCCUUCCUGCUGAGUGGCGGCAUGGGCGGCGAGCUGCGUGUGUGGGACCUGCGCUCGCGGGAGAUGGCGGCGCACAUGAAGAUGCACAACAGCCGCAUUGUGGGCGCGGCCGUCAUGGCGGACGACAAGCACGUGGCGGCGGCGUCCGAGGACCGCACGUGGAGCCUGUGGGACGUGGGCAGCGAGCGCGUGCGCACCACCUGGCGCGGCCAGUCCAUGUUCAGGGGAAUGGCGGUGUCGGCCGACAAGGUGUCGGUGGUGACUGUGACCCUGGACCGCAAGAUCCAGAUGUGGGACGUGCGCGGACCCGACCCGCGCUGGACCAAGGUGGAGGCGCACGGGAAGGAGGUGGGCUGCGUCGCGUCCGACCACCGCGGCGCUGCCUUCGCGACCGGCGGCGCCGAUCAGGCAGUCAGGGUCUGGGACUGGCGCAACGGCGGCGAGGUGGGCGGCGCGGCGUGCCACUCGGCGCCGGUGGCGGCCAUGGCCUUCAGCCCAGACGACGCCGGGCUGGUGUCGGUGGCGCUGGAUGGGUCCACGUGCUUCUGGCAGCUGACGUGAGGGGCGUGAGGGGCGUGCGUUCCGGGUGCCGUGCCGUGUGCGAGGUGGUGCUGUGGGCUUGGUGGUGUCGGGUGCAGACAGUGUUGCGUCGCGGUGUGUGUUUGGCACUGGCGGCAGUGGGGAGGGUGCAGGAAUGGUUGUGUGGCUGACGGUGGAGCGGGUGGGGGGGGGCCGCUGGCGUGUGGUGAAUGCGCGCGUUCCGGCUUGUGCAGGAGGUGCGAACCAGGUAGCACCGAGUGUGGACCUGCAGGAUGUUGUGAGAGCACCUGUCGUGGGCCGUGGGGCUGUGGAUGGGGGUUGCGUGCACGGCGUGCAGAGCCCCUCCGUGCAACUACCGGAAGAUAGCUGUUUCAUAGGUAGUUGGCAGCCGUGCGCAGUACAGGGCGAUGUGUGUGGGGUGUCGAGGCCCGGGCCCACAUCUUAGGACGGCGCUUUUCAGGGGUUGGCGCCCCUGGCGCUUCCUUCACCAUGACACGCGCCCUGACGCGCCCCUUGUAACUGUUAGGUCCA